CGACUUCGGUAGGCUAUCCACGGCCAUAUAAAUAUAUACUUAUUUGAAUUAUAUUUACGUUAAGAAAAAAGAGAACAUUUCUAUUAACAAAAUUAUAAUGGAUUAUUGUUAUACCAGUAUCAUGUGAACUAUAUACAGAUUUAUUCUUCGUUGAGAAGAUAGAAAAUAACUACACAAUGACAACUUUAAAUGGUUUUGUGAAUGAUGAAUUUGUCUUAUCAUUUCUAAUCUUAUCAACUGGAGUUUCAACCACAUCUAUUAUUGCAAUUAGUGAUAAAAAUGAUAAUAUUUUCUGGAACUUGGAUAUUAAGAAUAGUCAUUUUUUAAAAAUUACUUUAACUAAUGAUAUUUUUGAAAUUCAAAUCACAGCUAAUACAUGGAGUUCAAUCGUAUUUUCUCAGUUUUUCAUAAGUCAUAACAAUAUUUACAAUUAUUCUAUAGCUGUUAAUGGAACUGUUCAAUUUUCAAAAGUAAAUACUCAACCAAUGGUUUUCACUGAUCUUAUUUUGUAUACUUUUUUUAAUUGUCUAUUCAAUCCUUCCUUGAAUAUUGGAUCAAUUAAAAAUCUAUCAAUUUACAGUCAAACACAAGUUUUUUGGUCACAGUGGAGUGAGUGGUCACAAUGCAAUUCUUCUUUUAUUAUGACUAAAACCCGAUAUUGCAGCAGUAAUCAAUGGUUGAAUUGCGUAGGAAAUAAUAGUAAGGUUAAAUCAUGCAGUAACCAAGUUUUUUGGGCACAAUGGAGCGAUUGGUCUAAUUGCAGUAAUUCUUAUGGAUUUAUGAACAGAACAAGAGAGUGUAUUGAUUUAAGUAUUGUAGAAUGGAGUUAUUCUAACCAAUCAGAAUUAUUGGAAUAUUCAGAGUUUUUUAUAAUGGAAAAAACCACUUUGUUGUCAAAAGGAAACCUGAUUGCAAUUAUAAAAAGACUUAAUAAAGAAUACUCUAUGUCUUUUGAAUUUAAUCCAACAUCAAUUAAAAAUGUUUAUGGAAAUGUUAUACAUUUGACUAUUGAAAAUGAUAUGUUAACGUAUGGAGAUCGAAUUCCAGCAGUAUUCUUUCUUCCUGGUAUAUCUGGAUUAAAAAUUUGUGCAGCAAUUAACAAUAUUCUUAAUAAUUGUUUAAAUAAAACAUUUUACCUGAAAUUGGGUAUUUGGUCUUCAUUUAAAAUAUCGCAAGAGUUGUUUGAAGGAAAAUAUAUUUACUCAAUUCAAUUAAACAAUGAAACACUUUUAAAUGUCGAAAACCAAGUUGCUAGAGAGUUUUUAAAUGUUAAAGUAUAUGUUUCUGACCCUUGGUAUGAUGUGCAACCUGGUUAUAUUAGAAAUCUAAAAAUAACCAAUGGAAAUCCAGGGACACAGUUCAAUGUAAAUUCUAGUUGUAAUUUUUCUGAAGUUAUGAAUAAAUCAAGUGAGUGUAACAGUCCAAGUUUCAAGAGGAUAUGUGAUGGGCAUAACUUUGAAACAAUUGAAUGUUUAGCACUUUGGUCACAAUGGAGUAAAUGGUCUUGUUGCAAUGCAACAAGUGUUACAACUAGAUCUCGUAAUUGCAGCAAUACUCAAUUAUUAGUUUGUAAGGGAGACUAUAGUGAAGUAAAAACUUGCAACAUUUCAUUUAUAGGUGUUGAAAUAAAUGCUGAGAAGAAUCAACAACAGUAUGAACCAUACAACAUAACUAUAAGCAUAUUCUACUGCAGUGAUGUACAAUUGAUACUUAGUUUUGGUGAUGGAACAACUAUUACAAAUAUAAAAAACAUCAAUGCUUCUACUGCAAAAGGUUAUAUCUACAGUACUAUUCAUAGUUAUUCUGUGUGUCAACAGUUCACAAUCACAGCUAAUAUUUUUGAAAAUGCUGGAAAUACCACCUCUGCAUUAUUCACUAGUUCUAUAAAUGUAACAGUUUUUUGCUUCCUGUCCCCUUUAAAAGUCAUCAAAACACCCCCUGAUUCUCUUGCUGGGUAUGUUCAAUUAUCUUUAAACAAAAAUAUAACAUUAAGCAUCUAUCAAAAAACAGGAUCAAAUAUGAUAUAUUCAAUUGAUUGGGGGGAUGGUUAUUCUACUGCUAAUAAUCAGACUUUAAACUCAAGACCGGUUUCAUUUCAAGUGCAACAUAUGUAUAAAAAUAUAAACAACUACACCAUUUCUGUUGCAUGCAGGAAUUAUUUGCAGACUCUCAGUCCUAUAUUUAUUCAGGUUCAGGUUACAAAUUGUUCUAUGCCUGAAAUACAUUUUUAUUAUGGAACUGUUUACAAUCCAAUGAACAUCAUUAAAAAUGUUGGAAGAGAUUUAACAGCUUUUGUUGAAAGUGUUAGUUCAUUUUGUAAAAAUGAAACAUUUACUUUUGAAUGGAAACUUGCUAGUUCUGAUUUUAAAUCCAAAGUAACUCAACAAAAAGGCAUACUUUCUCAGCAAAAAGUGACUUAUUCAAUUGCCAAAAACUCACUAGAUUAUGGUGUUUAUAUAUUGUCAUUGCAAUGUAAUUAUGGAGAUGCUUCAGCUGUUUAUACUGCAUACUUGAAUGUUAUAUUUUCACCACUGUAUAUAGAAAUUGAUAAAGGUUUAUUUGUAUCUGUUGCAUACAAAAAAAAAGUUGGAAAUGAAAGUUUUUAUCAAAACUUUCAAGUAAGUGCAAUGUCUAGUUACGAUCCAGAUGAUCCAACAAUUGGAACUCAAAAUAUAACUUUUAGAUGGAGAUGCAAAAUUGCUUCAAAUUUUUCUGAUGCUAAAGUUGCUAUGGAGAACUUUACACUUUUAAAUUUCACAUUCUUAAGUGAUACUUGUUUUAAUAAAUCUUGGGCAGAUAUUUCUUCAACUUUUUCAGAAAUAGUUUUUAGUACACAACAGUUUUUAGAAGAUGUUAGUUAUCAUAUUGAAGUUUGUGGAACAAAGUAUGCAGGAAAAGAUGUAUUUUCAAACGAUUGCUACAAGACAAGCUGUUUUAUUCAAGAAGUUCUGAUUUCCGGAAGUUUUCCAACUGUUGCAAUAAAGUGUAUAUCUAAUUGUGAUACUAAACUGAAUUUUAAAGAACGCAUGGUGUAUUCAUUUAACUGUGAAGAUUGCGGCUAUCGAAGAUUAGAGGCUAAUUGGACUGUAGAAGAUGAAGCAGGAUAUUUUCCAGCAGAACUUUCAGUUCAAAAUGCAACUUCUACAGGAUUUUUAAUCCCUAGUCUUGUAAUUAAUAAAGAUAUUCUUCUUGAAUCAAAAAACUACACAUUUACUUUGAUGGUUGGUUAUGCAAACUCUGUCAAAAAAGUUAAAUUAAAGUUUAAAAAGUCAACUUGUUCUCAGCCUACUCCAGGAUAUUGCAUUAUCAACCCAGCAGAAGGAGUUGCCCUCGAAACAAAGUUUGUACUUAUUUGUGAUGGAUGGAGAGAUUCUGAUGGAUUGCUUAGCUACGCUUUUUAUUAUGAUAAUGGUCAGUCACAGCAAAUAAAACUUAGUAGUGUAACCUCAAUAGAUUAUCCCAUAUUAAAUGCAGGUACUACUGACCAACCAAGUUUAUUAAACUUUGUGAUGGGUCCAGGUGAUGAGAACAAUGAUUUCAAAAUCAGAAUCAUUAUAAAAGUGAUUGGAAAGUACCAAGCAUACACAGAAUAUGAUCUAUAUAUUAAGGUGUACCCAAAUAAUAAACCAUCGAAUUUCAAAAGCUUGAUAGCAAACAUAAACGUCAAUGAGACUCAAAGUGUUGCUAAUCUUGUUCAAGCAGUUAGCAAUAAUAUAAACAAAAACUUUGCAAACCAAUAUAAUAUCACUGCAUCAUCUGCUAAUGAAUUAUUUGGUAUGAUUGAUGAAGAUACAUUAAAACAACAAAAGCAACAGGAAUUGUCUGGUUUACAAGAAUUACGCACACAAUUAAUUGAUUUAAUGAACAAUUUGUUGCUAGAUGACUUGAAUUCUUUUAAAUCAAUAAGUGAUGCUUUAGUUGUUACAACACAAAACCCAUUAGAGAUUGUUCCUCAUGCUCAGAAUCAAGCAGCAUCUAUAGUAGAUAAACUAGCUAGAUUAUUCACCAAAAAAAAUCUGAAAGGUUUUGGUGCAGAAAAGUUUGAGACUAUAUCCCAGUCAUUUGUAAAUUCAAUUUCUAACUUGCUGCAACUUACUGUUCCAACACCAUCAUUAAACUAUGUGCAACAAGAUGAAAAAAUAGUGUCACAAUUAAUAAAAUCUAUGGAAAACUAUUUCACAGCAGUACAAUCAUACAAAGUUCCAGGUGAAAAUGUAACAGUAGGUGAAUCAAAACAGUUUGAUUUUUUGUUAAAAAAAGAUAUCUUUAUUGGUUUAAGUAGCAGUUUUAUUGGUUCAUCUGAUGGUGGUUUUUCUUUACCAGAUUCUAAAGAAUUGUUUAAUGAGUCUUUACAAAAUUCACAAAUUUCUAUUCAUAAUGUCAGAAUGAAAGAUGUUGUCUACACAUGGGAUACUAUUCGAUCUCAAAAUAUUCGUACAGAAACUCAAAGCCUUUUUUUUUCUGGUUCUAAUGGUCUUCCAAUAAAUGUGAGUAACAGAUCACAUUUAAUAAACAUGACAAUAAAAAAUAAACCUGAAACAAUGAAAGGGGAAAACAUAUCUUUAUCUAUGCCUAAUGAAGUAUACCAAGUUUCCCUUUCAAUAGCAUCAGGCUGUAAGCUGCUUUUAAAAUUUAUUUUUGCAAAUGAUGAAAAGAAUUUAACAAAUCUUAUUAUUUACAUCCAAUAUGGAAAAGUUGCAACAAAACUUGAUUACGACAUUAUGCUUAAUGUAUCUAUCAAACAAGGUGUUGUCAUGACAAAAAAUUACAACUUAACCAAGACAGCUGUAUUAAAUUUAAACAAUAACACAAAUCAAUACUCAACUAAAGUCUUACAAAGAAAUCAAGAUGUUUUGCUUCUUGAUGAUGGUGCAAUUAUGUUAUGGAAUUUUGACAAUUCAACAUACUCAUUUUUAAACAAAAGUGAACUUCAUUUAAUGUUUUUGUAUUCUGGCCCAAUGCCAGCUAAAAAGAUAGUUCAGAAUCCAUAUAAUUUUGAUGAGACAGAAUAUUUUGGAAAAUUUGAUUAUGAAAUGAAAUCAUUUUGUGUUGAAUGUAAUUACUGGAAUGAAGAUGCAAACAAAUGGAUGUCAGAUGGGUGUCAGCUUGAUGUUCAUCAAACAAGUUUUUUGAUGACCAAAUGUAGAUGCAAUCAUUUAACAACUUUUGGUGGAUUUUUUGUUGCUCCUAACCGUCUACCUACAAUUUCCAUAUCAAAAAUAAGAAAAGGAUAUGUAUUACUUGUAGCAGUUGUAACAGUAAUUUCAUUAUGGUUGCUCGGACUGUUAUUUACAAGAAGAUUAGAUAGAAAAGAUAUUUCAAAGAUUGGUGUUUGUCCACUUGCUGAUAAUCGGGAUGAAGAUACCUAUUUGUAUCAAAUCAUUGUAAAUACUGGUACUCGAAGAAAUGCUGGUACCAAAUCAAGCAUCUUUUUUAAUAUUGUUGGCAACUUAAAUGAUAGUGGAGUAAGACAUUUAAAAGAUCCAGAAAGAGAAUGUUUUCAAAGAUCAAGUUGCGACAUGUUUAUUAUGGCUAUUCAGAGUACUCUUGGUGAUUUAGAUUUUAUUCAUUUGUGGCACGAUAAUAGUGGUGGAGGUUGGUAUGUAAAAAACAUUAUAAUCAUUGAUCUUCAAACUGAGAAAAGAUUUGUGUUCAUAGGCCACUGCUGGAUUGCUGUGGAUCGUGGCAUGUGUAAGUUAGACUGUGUUUUACCAGUAGCAUCAUUUGAAGAAUCAACUAAUUCACUUUUUGUUUUUAAAAAUAAAGCACAGCAUAAAUUGCAUAAUGAGCAUUUAUGGUUUUCAAUCUUUUUUCGCUCCCCUAAAAGUAACUUUACUAGAUGUCAAAGGUUAUCUGUUGCAGUAUCUUUAAUUAUGACUUCCAUGAUGGUUAGCACAAUGUUUUAUCAACGUGUUCCUCAAGCAGCUCCAGCUAUAGAAAAUAAAGAUGGCAACUUCAUUAUUAAUCUGACACAGGUUUUUGUUGUAUUAGUUUCCACUUGCAUUAAGUUUCCAGUAAAUUUUAUACUUGUGAAGUUAUUUUGUUCAAUAAGAAAUUUUCCAAGAAAUGAUUCACAUAAUUGUUUAGCUUGUGAUACAAACAAUAUUGAUCGAAAAGAGUCAUGCGCUUGUGUACAUCUACUUGAAAACAACCAUUCACAACCAAACAAAAAAAAAAUGUGCAUUUCAUUUGAAAAAUGCAAAUUGUAUAUUGCAUGGUUUAUUUGUGCUGGAAAUAUUUUUUCUUGUGGCAUUAUCAUUUUUUGGUAUGGAAUUGCAUUUGGAAAUCAAAAAUCGUUGAAUUGGUUAGCAUGUGUAACUAUUGAUUUUGUUAAAAGUAUACUUGUAUUGGAUCCGUUAAAAAUUUUUGUUGUGGUUUUUGUUAUGGUUCUUGUUGUAAAAAAGAUUGAUGAUGAAACUGCAAAUGGUGAAGUUGAGAAGCAAGGUAAAAGAUUAGCUUUUGAUGAAAAUUGGCUUCACAAGCCUAAAGAUAAAUUAAAAAUUGAUAGUGAUCGCAUUACAAUGCAGCCUCUUGAUUAUUCUACAGUAAAAAAGAUGAGAGAGACAAGGCUAAAGCACCAGAAGAUGCACACUAUAGUUACAGAACUUUUUUUGUUCAUUUUCUAUGCAUGCUUAGUGCUUUUCCUAGGUUAUUUUUCACGUGGUAGUCUCACUUUUUAUCAAACUCGCAAUGUUAAAGAACUUUUUAAUUUGAAAUUAAGAUUGCCAGCAAAUCCAAACAUCCCAUUGUUUCAUAGCAAAGUAUUUAAUCAGAUUCAAUCAUCAAAAGAUUUUUGGUAUUGGAUGGAAGAAUUUUUUUUACCUCAAGUUUUUCCUGAACCUUGGUAUAACUUGAGUGAUUUUAACACCAAUACAAACAUGAAAGAUUUUCCUGGAAAAUUGUUUUUAAACGAUCUUACCUCAAAAAUUGUGAAUGGAAUACGAAUUAGACAAGUUCGCAUUAAGACAAACUCUUGCACAAAAGCCGACUCAAUUUCUAAGUUCAUUGCUAUAAACUGUUUGUCUCCGUAUAAAACUGCAUUAGAAGAAACAAGAGGCUUUGAUUUGAAUUGGACUAUUCCAAAACAUUAUAACUCUACAAUUAAUACUUUGACAAUGCCUUGGAGGUUUCAAACCUGGAAAGAACUUGAUGGCUAUCCAUACACAGCUAGUUUAGACACUUACUAUGGUGGAGGUUAUGUCAUAGAAAUUUUUUCUAAAUGGAAAAAUCAGGUUAUACUUGAUCAAGCUAAAAAUCAUAGAUGGAUUGAUAGACAAACGCGAGCUAUAUUAAUUGAAUUUGCUUUGUUUAAUGGUGCUACUAAUAGUUUCAACAUGGUUACAAUGGCCUUAGAGUUUCUAGCUUCUGGUGGAGUUGUUCCUAAUUUCACAGUUCUGACGUUCAAUUUGUAUGCAUCAGUGAGUGGAUCAAAGGUUUUGUUGGGUUUCCAUAUUCUUUUUAUCUUGAUGACUAUAUUAAUUACUAUUCGUGAAUCUCGCUUUUUAUAUCGAAAUGGCUGUAAAUACUUUGUAGAGUUUUGGAAUUUAGUGGAAGUUGCAUUGAUAAUAUUUUGUAUUAUUGCUGUAGGACUUUUUUUUUAUAAAGAUUAUCUAGCCAAAGUUUUAUUGCAACGGCUUCCAGAUAAAAAACCACAAGUGUUUAUCAACUUUCAGUUUGCAUCUUACUGUGAUAUGAUGUAUGUUUGCAUUGUUUCCCUUAUUGUUUUCUUUGUAACUUUAAAGUUCAUUAAGCUUUUGCAGUUCAACCAUCAUGUUGCAAUGAUAUCUUAUACUUUAAAAUCUGCUUGGUAUCCUUUAUCAAUGUUUGGAAUUGUCUUUUUUAUCAUUUUGUGUUCAUUUGUUACUUUUUCUAAUAUUGCGUUUGGUGCAUUAAUGGGUGAGUACAAGACUUACAACGAAGCAAUUGUUUCAACAGUUUCAUUAUUAUUGGGAAAAUUUAGUUUUAAUCAAUAUGAACGUGCUAAUAUUGUUCUUGGCCCAUUAUUUUUUUUUGGUUUCAAUGUUGUUGUAAUUUGGAUCAUAAUGAAUAUUUUCAUAUCCAUUUUAAAUGAUGCUUUUAGCAUGGUUCGUACAAAUUCUGAGUUCCAGAAUAAUGAUUAUGAGAUAGUUGAUUUUAUAUUGGAAUGCAUUAAAGGUUGGUUUAAACAUAGACAAAGAAAACCACUGACGCAGGCACAAGUACAAUCAGAAAAAAAAUUUUACUCAAAAAGUAAAAUUAUACAAGUUGCGGAAUAUGAUCAUAAACGUUUAAAAGAAAGCGAUUCCAUCAGAAAAGUAGAAUAUAAAAACAUAUAUGAUGUUGAAUUAAAAAACACUUUAUGCGAAGAUUUGUUAUCGAAAUUCGAUUACUUAUUGAAUGAGAGCAAACUCGAUAAUGAAAUAAGUGAAACAAUCGAUCAAAUAUUCGAUAAAGAUUUAUUUAAAAAGUUUAUGAAUUGCAUGAAGGUUGUCUAUAAUAUUAAUAAUAAAAAAGCCAAACGUAAAAAAAUGAAUGAUGUUAUUAUAAUGGACAUAGAGGAUGAAAUAUUUUAAUUUUUUUUUUUAAUUUUAUGUUUUUCUAUUUGUUUUUUUUAUUAAACCAACAAAUUG